GGAGCUGCAGGCUUUCUGCUUCAAACACCUCCUUCCUCCAGUCUGAGCUCAUCCGUUUUUAGAGAAUGGGUGAAGAAAACAAAAUGCUGUCCCGUCCCAUCUUCCGUCGAGAUGUGAGCUGGGAGCCCUUCCCCAACUGGACUCAGCCGAGUCGCAUCUUUGCACAAGAUUUUGGACUCCCUCCUUUCUUGGAGCCCAGUGAUCUGGACUGGCUGGACUGGGCGAAGAAGAGGCUGGCUUCGUUCUCCUGGCCCGGGUUCACCAAGUCCCCGCUUCUGCCUCCGUUCAUCGGUCAGAACACGGAUCCAAAAGAUGUGAGACAACUGCCAAGAGGGGUGUCAGAGGUCCAAACUGGGCAAAACAGCUGGAAGGUUAACCUGGAUGUUAAUCAGUUUUCACCAGAGGAGAUCACAAUCACAACCAAGGAGGGUUAUCUGCAGAUCUCAGGAACACAUAAGGAGAGGCAGGACGAGCAUGGGCUGGUUUCACGAUGCUUCACUCGUAAAUACAAGUUGCCACAGGGGGUGGACCUGCAGCACAUCAGCUCAUCCCUGUCGGGCGGAGUCCUGUCUGUCGAGGCCCCGGUUCCUGGGAUGUCCAUCAGCAACCCGAGCGAUGAGAUAGUUGUACCGGUCCAGGUCAAACAGAUGCAGGAGGACGAGAACUGAGAGCAGAAACUUCAGCAGUCGAAGCUGAGUGCAGCGACAGUUUGAGGACUGGCAAAAGAAAAAGAAACAUUAGAUUAAUGCAUCUUUAAUGAUGAGGAUUAACUAAGUUUGAUUAACUGGAAUAAAAUCUUCACUCUUGUAAAUCAUCAGCAUCAUCAGCAUUUAAAAUUUAUUAAACUAUCCAUUGUCUUGUAUAUUCUAUUGGAUGCAGAUA